AAUACCAUACCAUACCAUACCCAUGGCUGUUUUCAGUGCCAGGCUCUGCUCGUUCCCCUUACAACGAUCUAUUAUUUCAGCAUCAUCUUCUAAAGAUACAAAUGGGAGUUCAGUAAAACUGAGAGACGACUGGAGACAGCGAUCCAAACCCAUACCUCCUGGCGGCACCUACCCAGCCAAAGACCAGUGCAGCAAGUGUGGGUUGUGUGAUACUUACUACAUUGCUCAUGUCAAGAAUGCUUGUGCUUUUUUGGGAGAUGGGAUGUCCAGAAUUGAAGGGCAAGAACAAGUGGUUCAUGGUCGAGGUCGGAAUAUUGAUUCAUUAGAUGAAACAUACUUAGGUGUCCAUCAAGAGCUACUGUAUGCUCGUAAGACAGAGCCUGUUGAAGGAGCUCAAUGGACAGGGAUAGUAACAACUAUCGCAAUUGAAAUGUUGAAAUCAGGCAUGGUUGAAGCUGUUAUUUGUGUUCAGAGCGAUCCUGACGAUAGACUAUCCCCAAGACCUGUUUUGGCAAGGACCCCUGAGGAAGUUCUAGCAGCAAAAGGUGUUAAGCCAACAUUGUCUCCUAACCUUAAUACACUUGCUUUAGUUGAGGCAGCGGGUGUGAAGCGUCUACUUUUCUGUGGUGUCGGGUGCCAAGUACAAGCACUACGAUCAGUGGAGCAACAUUUGAACUUGGACAAGCUUUAUGUGCUAGGGACUAAUUGCGUGGAUAAUGGAACACGAGAUGGCCUUGAUAAGUUUCUAAAGGCUGCUAGUACAGACCCAGAAACAGUUCUCCAUUAUGAGUUUAUGCAAGAUUAUAAGGUCCAUUUAAAGCAUUUGGACGGUCAUAUUGAAGAGGUUCCAUAUUUCUCUCUGCCAGCAAAUGAUUUGGUUGAUGUUAUAGCUCCAUCCUGCUACAGUUGUUUUGACUACACAAAUGCAUUAGCUGAUUUGGUGGUGGGAUACAUGGGGGUACCGAAAUAUUCUGGAAUCAGCAUGACACAACAUCCCCAAUACGUUACAGUGAGAAAUGAACGUGGAAGAGAAAUGCUGAAUUUGGUGAAGAAUCUAUUGGAGAUCACCCCUACUACAACUGGAGGGGAGAGACGUCCUUUUGUUAUGGAAACUGUGAAGGCAGACGAUAAUGCUAAGCUUGGAAAGGGUCCUGCUCAGCCUGCUCCAAAGUUCAUCGGAAACAUUAUUGCAUUUAUUCUAAAUCUAAUUGGGCCAAAAGGUCUGGAAUUUGCGCGCUAUUCACUGGAUUACCAUACCAUCAGAAACUAUUUAUAUGUGAAUCGCACAUGGGGAAAAGAAAGAGCUGAUAAACACAUGCCAUCAUAUGCAAAGAAACUUGUGGCCAUGUAUAAUGAGAAGGGUGAGAUUGAUCAGAUCCUUUCUAGCAAAUGAUGAUUUUGAUGGGAAAUUUGGGGAUGUUUUGAUGUGAGUGAGGUCAUGGCCACUUGAUAGAGAUCUUAAAAAUGAAGCCAACAUUUUGCACAUGCCCUUAUGGCCACAUUUGGUCAUAAGUUGUGUCUAGUAAAGAUUUGUAUCCGGAAACAGAAUGUCAAAAAACAUUAGAUGUCCAUCUCUGCAUGUUUUGAAUCUACAGUAUGGGCAUUCAUGUGGGUUGUCUGUAUCUAUAAUGAUAAAUACUUGAUGGGGACAGGUAGAAGCCAUCCAACAUUGAGUAGUGAAGAAAAAUUUGAUUCAAGUUUCUUGUUAGUGACUUGUUAGUGUCAAAACAAUAGAUCCAACUUUGGUCAUGAGUGUCUGAAUGAUUUUGUUUGACAAUUGCGACUUGUUUUUGGACUUUUAAAGUCUUAAUGGAAACAACUACUCUACUCUUU